GAAUGGCUUGAAAAAGCUAUAGCAGAGAAUUAUAUAAACAUAUUCGAUUAUGCAGAUUUUACUAAUUUUAAACACAUCGGUGAUGGGAGUUUUGCAACGGUGAGAAGUGCCAACUGGCUAAGUCGUGGAACAAGAGUGGCUUUGAAAAGUCUAAAAGGAGGAUUAAAAUUUGAUGAAGUUGCAAUGCGAGAGGAUACGCAACUUUAUCUAAAUGACAAUAAAAUACCUGUGUAUAAAUCUUCAUCUGCUAAAUCAAGUCCCGAGAGUGAUAGUUCUCGGAAUAAUGUGGUUGCAACUCUAAAUACGGAAAUAAAACCCAAUAUCUACUCUGGCAUCGAGUAUAAAAAGACAGCCUUUUCGGAAAUUUCUAAUUUUCAGACAUGCAAUCAAAUCAUUAAUAACAGGAGAAGAAGCUUGUCUUCUAUUAGAAAUAAUAUUAUGCAACCCUCCAAAGACUUUUGGAAAGAAAAACUUUCGGUGAUUAAGGAAAAUUAUACUGUGAAUCUAUCAGAUAAUCUUUCGUUAGAGGAAGAGACAUAUUUAAAGUUAUCCUCUGGUACAAAGCCAAUAUAUCAUGUGAAUAACUUGUAUUCUUUCUCAAAAAGACGUCCGUCUGAAUCGAAAAGCCUAAAACAGACCGUCUCCAUAUCAGAUUUAAAAAUCACCAAUUCUUAUUUACCAGAAGAUCAAAUUGAUAGCUCAACAUCACUAGCUUUCAACAAAGAAAUAAACUAUCCUCAGGUGAAUGAUUUUGUCUUAUACAAUGGAAAACCCAUGGAAUCAAUUACACCAGUUAUAGAUGAUAUGCAUGCUAUUGUGAUUAAAGAACAACCAUUUUUUAUUCCUUACUCUCAAUUUAAUAUAAUUGCACCAUUAGAUUAUGGGUAUUUGGGUAGAAGUUUUAAAGUAUAUUGGAAGAAAACAAAUAAUGUUGUUGCUCUCAAAAAGUUGUAUCUUAAAGAAGAGGCUCGGAAUGAUUUUCUGGAGGAUUUUCUAAAAGAAGUAAAAAUACAUUCAAGGGUAGAGAUGUGUAAAAAUAUUAAUCGACUUUUAGGGAUAACUCAUGAUGUCAUCAACAAUAUAUAUAUGCUUAUAACAGAAUAUGCGGACAAGGGAAAUUUAAGAAAAUAUUUAAAAAAUAACAGCUCAUUUAUGACAUGGAAACAAAAGGUUGAUUUCGCACUUCAAAUCACAAAUGGAAUUCAAUAUCUGCAUAGUGAAAAUAUAAUUCAUGGCAAUCUUCAUAGCAAAAAUAUAUUAGUUCAUGACCAUAGAAACAUAAUAAAGAUAACAGAAUUUGGAUUCACAAGGUCUCUAGAAUCUGAUCCACUGAAAAGUCAUUUAGGUGUAAUAGCUUAUAUUGCACCAGAGUUACUAAAACCCACAUCCAUAUCUACAUUUGAAAAUGAUGUUUCAAAAUCUAUGAAUUUAUCAAAAUCUACAGACAUUUAUAGUUUGGGGGUAUUGCACUGGGAACUUGUUAGUGGAUAUCCUCCAUUUAAAAAUUCAAAUGAGACUAAACUAGUUGAAGAAAUAUGCGCGGGAAAAAGGGAACAUCGAGUUUCAGGCACUCCGGAUGAUUAUUUUGAAUUAUAUUUGGAAUGUUGGAGUGACCAGCCAGAAAAUCGUCCAAAUGUUGAGGGUAUUAGUUUUUAA